CAUUUUCUUACAAAUAAAACAAUAAAAAAAGAAAUUUACCUUUUUUGUGACUAAACAUUGAACGUAGCAUAUCGUAAAUGAGAGAAAAGAAGAAAAAAUAAAUUUCUAAAAGAAUGGAAGAAACUCCGAAAGUUCAUACGAAAAGCAAACAUAAAAGGACGUCGUCGAAGAGUCGGGAACAUCGAAAACGAGAUUCAUCGCGAAAAAAUGAAGAUGGGGUGGAUGUGGGAACGAGUGGUGAGAAUAUUAAUGCUUCGGUUGUUAGUAAAGAAUAUCCACAAGAACAACCAACAAUUGUUAUUGAAAACGAAACAAAAAAGGAUGAAAAGAUUCACAAGGGAAUUUUGGGUUACAUGGAUCGUCAAUUAAAAGUUCAAUCAGGCGUUGAGACUCCACGUAGUCCAGCACAAAGAAGCAAUCGAAGUCGUGCCAGUAGUGAUAAAAGUCCUAAACAUAAACGAAGCAAAUCAGAAUCGAGAAGGCGUCGAGAACGAAAACUUCAAGCGGCUGGAGAAAUGGAAGUGCGUCAAGCGAAUGAAACUUUAAUGCGAUAUUUAAAGCAAUGCUCUGAUUUGAACGACGCUUCAGGCUCUCUUUCGGGUGACUUGGAAAUUAGUGAGAAUCUUGACGACCGUAAAGUUCAUCGAAAAACCAAAUCCCAGCGUGAAAAGAAAUCCUUUCGUUUGAUUGGGAAGGCACCAUCAAGUGACUUGACGACAAUAUUGAAUGAACUAAAUGACGACAUCAUUCCAAAUAGUGACAUAUACAAUCCUUUCACUCCAGUCGUAUCACCGACAACCGAACAACAUCCGCAAAUCGUUGAUAAAAUCUUCGUUCAAACAUCGAGUGGAUACCGUGCAGUUGACAAUAAUAAUAGUUUCUACAAAAGCUCUGCGCUUGAUGGUGACUCUGAUAGCAAUAACUUUUCUAUUAAAAAUGCUGUUCAACUAUCUUGUCUGGUUCAGAAAAUGUGGAUUAACAUAUCAAACGUUUGUCACGGUCUGCUUGGUGGAUUAGCUCUUGCUCAUCUGAUUUUCAUUUUAACGACAAAACCAGAAGACUGGUCAGGCACUGAAAUGUCUCAAAGUCGCUAUGAGUUGCAUGCUAAAAUCUACACCAACGUGUUUUUCUUUCUUGCUGUUAUUUGCUUCGUUUCUAUCAUGGACCGCAUUGACAUUUGUCAGUUUAGUGUUUCGUCUUUAUUGAACACUUCGGAAGAUAAAAGUCGCUCGAUUUCAUUUCGUUCUAUUAUCUUGAUAAUGAUUUAUGCUGGAACCAUAAUUCUCAAUUUACUAGCAGCAUCAGUUGACAGCAAAUUCACAAUGAUCAAAUCGAUGUCUUCAGAAAAUUCGACAGUUGAAGCAGAAAUGGCGACAACACCAGAAAAGCAGAGCUCGAAUGAUGAUGAAAUGGUUUACUUGUGGAACACUCUUUCCAUAGCAAGAAGCUUUGGUGCUAUUGUUGGCUGGUUAAUGAUAUCAACAAUGAACACAGAUCUUCUCUACAAUACACUAAUCGAAAUGGAUAAAUAUCACGUACAUCCAUAAAUAAUAAAGUUACUUAAUCAUUUAGGAAGCAUUCAAUUGUAAAUAUGUUGGAAACCAAACCAAAAAAAGAGAGCAUUUCAUAGUCAAUAGAUCUACCUAUUUUGUAGCACAAAUGUUUAAGUAGUGACUGAUAUUUAAAAGCUUCGACUUUCUUUGUCGGUUUCUGUAAAUAAUCUCAAAAGUAAUAUUAAGUAAAGCAAGCUGAUAUUAUUACUUAACAGAUCUGAUAUGAAUAUCUAAGAUGUAUAAAUAGAGAGCAAAUAAAUGUGUAACUUGAUAUGAUUGGUAUUAAACAGACUUACUUGACUUCUAAUCAACAAAGUUACAUCGUGAC